AUGGCGAUCGUGUCACAAUUAGCUGCCGUGACUUUGAACGUUCCAGGAAGCCUAAAUCGCUGCUCGCUGCAACCGCUGCGACCCGCACAGGCAUCUCAAUUGGCAAUUCCGCUCCGCAGGCGUCAUAUUCAAGUCACAGCGUCGCAGGACCAGCAGCGGCAAGCACAACCAUCUGGUGAUGAGCGCAGCAAGGAGGUUCUUGAUGCCUUUUUUCUCGGCAAGGCCGUAGCAGAGGUGGUAUCAGAGCGGGUGGGGUCCGCUGUGGGGGAGAUUCUCAGUGAAGUGGGGAGGCGGCAAGCGGAGCAGCAGCAGCAGCUGAAGCAGUUCCAGCCGGUGCGUCUCGAGCAAGUCAAUCCAAAGGCGGUGUUGGUUGGUAGGAGCUAG